AUUGGCCAGUCUGAGAUAUGGCUUUUUCUUUGCAACUCUGCCUAGAAGUCCAGCAUCCACAUCCAUAUUGGAGGUUUUAUGUAUUUCUAUCAAAUCCAAAAUGUAAUUUCUACUCAAAGCAAAGGUUGUAAAAGUAUACUAGACAUUUAUAGAAUAAAUCAUACCUAUUUUGAUGAUUAUGUCAUAAUCAGUGAACACGUUAUUGAUUUAUACAGAUUUAAAUGUCAUUUUAUAGAUUUUAUGUAUUUCUAUCAAAUCAAAACUGUAAUUUGUAUUCAAAACAAAGGUUGUAAAUGUAUGCUUGACUUUUAUAGAAUAAUUCAUAUCUAGUUUGAUGAUUCUGUGACAAACGGUGAAUUAGUUAUUGAUUUUUACAUUUGUAAAUGGCCUUUGCCGAAUGUCUGUUGAAUGUCUGAAUGUAUGAAUAUAAAACCAAAUUUACCUCGGUCCUAGAUGUAGCCUAGUACGCUCACGUUGACUAUCUUGCAAACUUAGCUGGUUCAUUGUUGCCCAUGCCAGGAAGUUAGGCCAGCAAGCAUUUUAGUUUAGUAGCCUAUGACAACAAAAACUAAAAGCGUACUGUAUGACAGAGCCAUAGACCGUUUUGCCAACAUGAAAGAGAGAAUGGAAUUAGCGUUCACAAUUAGGAUUGUGAAGGAGUAUGAGAGGGCCAUCAUCUUUCGGCUGGGGCGGAUCCUACGAGGAAGAGCUAAAGGGCCAGGCCUGUUCUUCAUCCUGCCGUGCACAGAUAAUUUCAUCAAUGUGGACAUGCGCACCAUCACCUUCGACAUCCCCCCACAAGAGGUUCUGACUAAGGACUCAGUGACAGUCAGUGUUGAUGGAGUGGUGUACUACCGUGUUCAGAAUGCCACCCUGGCUGUGGCCAACAUCACCAACGCUGACGCUGCCACCCGCUUGCUGGCACAGACCACCCUGAGGAACGUCCUGGGCACCAAGAACCUGGCUGAGAUCCUGUCUGACCGCGAGGAGAUAGCCCACAGCAUGCAGACUACCCUGGAUGACGCUACAGAUGACUGGGGUAUCAAGGUGGAGCGGGUGGAGAUCAAGGACGUCAAACUGCCCCAGCAGCUCCAGAGGGCCAUGGCUGCAGAGGCUGAGGCUAGCCGCGAAGCCAGGGCAAAGGUGAUAGCAGCGGAGGGGGAGAUGAACGCUUCGCGGGCUCUGAAGGAGGCCUCUCUGGUGAUCGCUGAGUCUCCAUCGGGCCUGCAGCUGCGCUACCUGCAGACCCUCAACACCAUAGCUGCCGAGAAGAACUCCACCAUCAUCUUCCCCCUGCCAAUGGACAUGAUGCAGGCCUUCAUGAAGAGAGACUGAGGAGAGCCUGUUGGGUGCUGUGUGAGUGCUCUUACACACAUACAGUACACACACACGAAACAAACAUUCCCACAUAUAAUCAUAGUGUGCUUUCCCUUGUGCCAAAUGUUAUGUCAAUUCCAGCUGGUGCAGAGGACGCUAGCUAAAGAGUUUGGUUGAGCUUUAUGAGUCAAAUAACUUAUUGUUUUGUGUCUUAAGACUAUAUUCUGUAUUGUGAGUUCCCAUUGAAUGAAACAGGAUUUGAACAAAAACAAGGGAAACCGAGUCGCCACUCACCACUACUACUGAGGUGUUUCCCGCACUGCUAUGAGACCAGGAUGUACUAGGGGCCCUGUCUGGCUGGCUGGCUGGCUGGCUGGCUGGCUGGCUGGCUGGCUGGCUGGCUGGCUGG